GCUGUAAUAGAUCGUCCUCAGAGGAGAGCCAGCUGAUCAUGGCGGCUGAAUGGAUCUGUUUUAAGAAGGAGCAUCUGAACCUGGAUGACCUGAGAGACAGACCUCAGAGCUCAGGAAACAGUUACCUCUUUAAAAAUGGCAGAAUCCCAGAAUACCCGCGACCAGAGAUCCUUGUGAGCCACCUGAAGCACGACACCGACAGACAGGGUUUGGAACGCAUCAAGGAGUCCGGAGGCUUCAAGGGAAAACAAGACCUGGUGUGGUGGGGUCUGUCGGUGGGGGGGGAGGAACUCAGAUCAGCUGAGCAGCGCCUCCUCCAGGAAACAUACCCGGACCGGACAGAGCAGCAGGUCCAGGAUCAGCAGAGCUUCCUGGGGGAGUUUGCCUCCUCACCGGCCUUCAAGGAGAGCCCCAUGUUCGGAUCGUACCAGUUCACCUUCCCCCUUCAGGAGCUGCUGGAGGCCUACAGUCUGCAGUUUUGCGGCGGUGAGCAGCCCCUCAUGCGGGUGUAUGAGACCAACCUGUACAAACAGGAAGUGAUGUACGUGGUGCUGGUCCACAGUCCGGCCAAUCAGGAGCAGUUCUCAGAAUAUCCUCUUCUGACCGACGACCCAAACGCUGUCUGCUGUUACAGAGAUGGCCGCUUCAUCUGGAGGCCUGAGGCCAUGUGUGAAACUCACAGAUUCAAGUUGUUCCGGAACGAUGAGACUCAGCAGAUGGAGGUUCGGCCCUGCAGCCCUGAUGAGAACUAUGUCUGGGAUAAUGUGCGCAUCGCUCUGCAUGUGGAGGAGGACAAGCUGCUGGAGUUCGAUCCGGUCCGACUGAGAGAGAAACUGAAGUUCUGCAAAGGAGAAAUACCUCGCCACGCUAAUGUCAAUUUGGAUCCCAAUGAACUUCUGGAGAGAAUUUGGCCUGAAGACCCCUCCCCACUGCAGAGAGAUGAAGACCCCUCCCCACUGCAGAGAGAUGAAGACCCCUCCCCACUGGAGAGAGAUGAAGAGCAGGACAUUAAUAAAGCAGAAUAGAUCAGAGUUUAGAUAAGCACAUCCUGCCUUCACUGAACUAACAUUACAUUCAGAGUUGGAGCUAAAUAUUGGUUUAUGUUAUUUUAUAAGUAAACGUUUAUUUUCUGGCCCUUUUUGUUUUAGUGAAUGAAUCAUUAAUUAUCGUAAUAAUUGUAGUUGCAGUAGUUCUGCUUUUAUUUUGAAGGAGGUGUGAGCUCCUGGUGAUUAGUAUAUAUUGAUCACAGGUUGGGGGGGGGGGGGGACGCACCAGUUUGAGCGUAUGGUUUUCUACAAGGAGCGACAGCCAGAGAGGGAGAAAGGUGAAAAUCAUUGUUCUCUGUAUUUGAUUGGAAUACUACAAUAAACGGAUGAAAGGA